CGUCAGGCAACAUUCUAAGAAUUGAACAGAUGAGCUUGGUUUAAGAGACGGUCUACUUUUUUAAUCCUAGUAAUUGAUCGAGAACCUUUAUUCAUUAUGGAUAUGCCUGUGAAUGUCCCGGUGGAUAAUCCCGAGGCGGAUACUGAGUGGAAUGAUAUCCUUCGAAAACACGGAAUUAUACCUGAGAAGCCUCCGUCGCCGACACCGAUCAUUGAAGAAGCUAUUCUCGAAGCUCAGCGACGGGCUCACGAAAACCGACUCGAGGACAAAGACUUAGACGAGCUCGAUGCUCUUGAAGAUGAAGAAGAUGAGGGAUUUUUGGAACAAUAUAGAAAAAAGCGCAUGGCUGAAAUAUCCACCCUCCAGAAAGCAAGCGUCUACAACCAAGUCUACCCUCUACAAAAAACAGACUACGCCAAGGAAGUCACAGAGGCUUCUGCAGAUGCCUUUGUUCUGGUCAAUUUAACCUCGUCAACUGGAGGAAACACAGAAUCCCGCGUACUGAGCGAGAUAUGGAGACAGCUAGCACCCAAAUACGGCGAAAUCAAGUUUUGUGAAAUCAGAGGCGAUAUGUGUAUAGAAGGAUAUCCGGAUCGCAACACUCCUACGAUAUUGGUUUAUAAGGAUGGAGAGAUUCGGCGGCAGUAUGUGACGUUAAGGGAGCUAAAGGGCGUGAGGACGAAGGUCGAAGAUCUAGAAAAGGUUCUUGUGGAUCUGGGUGCGAUCAAGGAAGGAGAUCUGCGACUCAGGAAGCAAGACGAUUCCGACGACGAUAGGAAUCGGGCUCCUGAGAAGGAGGAAGACGAUGACGACGAUUGGGAUUGAGGCUCUCUUUUAAGCUUAUAUUCUCAAAAUCCUGAAACUGCAGAGGAGAAGAUAUGAGUACUACCAUUACCGAACUCAGUUGAUUCCGCAGCGCGCGAGUCGAAAACGCGGGGCAAUCGGCCUAUGUCUAGAGACCAAGUUCUUCGCUCGACGUUGUAUACAAUGAAGGGACACAUCCUCAUAUUAUGUACAUGUAUUAUAAUGUGCUAGUGCGAAGCAAGCUCAGAAUUAUGAGCGUUUGAGUCUCACUCUACGACGAUCUGCAGCUCUUUCAACUAACUUAACUUAUGUUGUAUCAGUCCG